AUGAUAGAGUUGGCUAACAGAGCGCUGAUCCGCCUACGUUCUUGCAACACAGGCAAAUAUCUAAGAAUAAUGAGGACAGGAGAGGUCAAUGCAACCGGUGGAAAGGGACCUGACGCAGUUUUUAUAGUUCAUCGCAUAGAUGCCAACCACAUUAAGCUCAACUCCGCAGAAAGCACUAAAUAUUGGCUGCGUGUGGACCCAAACGGAGAAGUACAUACGGAUGGCAAUAGUGGCCAGGCUUCGCACUUCGUUGUCAAACACGACUCCCGCUUCAACAUCUCCCUCAGUCCGGUGGAGUGUUUGGAUUGGCACUUGGGAGCCACGAGGACUGGUGUCGUUCCUCCAUGUACAAAUGUAACAAGCGGACGUGACGGUAGAUUCAUUGUCGAGCGGGUCGAGUCAUGGCCGACCAACUACUAA